UUCAAUCGCUGCCAUCUCUGAUGCUGAGUGGAGAUGCCCCAGGAUACAAACUCACUCGAACCGAUGGCACAGAGGGGUUAUCGUUGGUUGCCCUCGGUUGUGGUCCUGCUUCUCUUUCUGGUUCCACCAGCCCUGAGCGGAUGCCCGGGUGCCUGCCGAUGUUCCUUUGCCAUGCUGCAGUGCCUGGAGACGGACGGGAUCGCCAGCAUCCCGGCGUUGGCACCACAGGAGAGCGAAAACGUCACAGAGAUCUACAUAGAGAACCAAGCCAACCUGGAGAACAUCACAGACACGGACCUCGCCAACUACAGAGACCUAAAGAACCUGACGGUGACAGAUUGUGGGUUGCUGUAUAUCUCUGAAAAUGCAUUUCAACAUAAUUUCAAGUUGCAGUAUGUGAAUCUGGCGUCUAAUUUACUGGUACACAUCAGCUGGAGAGUGUUUCAUUCUGUUCCUCUCUUGAGUCUAAUUCUGAGAGAUAAUCCGCUCACCUGCUCAUGUGACAUCUACUGGCUUCAGCAGUGGCACAGAACACGACAAGGCGACGGCGACUCGCAACAAAACUGCAUUUACAACGGCAACAGCAUUUCACUGGAUUCGUUUGAAAUGGAUAACUGCAGUGUUCCUGAGGUCAAAAUCUACUCGUCUACAUUGACCACUCAAGAAGGUGGAAAUCUGACAUUCACAUGUCAAGUAAGCGGAGUACCCAUGCCUGUUAUCAGGUGGAAAACUGAUCAGCUACGAUCCAACUGGACUCUUCAGCGGGGAAUCUGGGGAUCAACUCUCGAGCUGGUGCUAUAUAUGUGGAACAUCUCUUCUGAAGACAACCUGCAUAACCUCACAUGUGAAGCGGAGAAUCGAGCCGGUCUGGGAGAAGAUAUGGUCGAACUGGACAUUCAAUUUCCAGUGCGAAUCUUGUUUCUACGGAAUCCAGAACCUCAGCAUCACUGGUGUAUCCCGUUCAAAUUGGACAGCAAUCCUCUAGCCGCCAUCAAAUGGCUGUACAACAACAAGCCCCUUAUUGAGAACCGCUACACUUACACGGAGCUGAUCAGAGAUGCGUCCGACGGCUCCGUCCAACACGGCUGUCUCUACCUCAACAAGCCCACCCAUCUGAACAAUGGCUACUACACCCUCAUGGUAGAUAACAAACUGGGGCAGGACGAGGCCACGGUAAAUGGGAAGUUCAUGGACAAUCCGUUCGACCCUUUAGAUCCAGAGGGCAUCAUUCCUGUCCUCACAGACGAACCAACUCCCACCAACCAAUCCACAGAUGAUGUGACUGAGAAACUGGAGAGCAGAGUGUUUGGGGUAUCUGUGGCGGUGGGUCUCGCUGUAUUCGCGUGCGCAUUUCUGCUCAUCACGGUGGUCGUCGUCAAUAAAUGCGGACAGCACUCCAAGUUUGGCAUCCACCGUUCGUCUGUUCUAGGCACCGAGGAUGAUUUGGCCGUGUCUCUGCGCUUUAUGAACUUCGGUGUGAGUCCUCCAUCUUCAGACGACAGCACGCUGGACUCUGGCUUGUCCAGUUUUGUGGAGAACCCGCAGUACUUCUGUGGAAUCAUUAAAGACAAAGACAUGUGUGUACAGCACAUUAAAAGAAAAGACAUUGUUUUGAAGUGGGAGCUGGGUGAGGGAGCGUUUGGUAAAGUCUACCUGGCCGAAUGUGCCAAUCUCUGCCCUGAUACUGACAAGAUGCUGGUUGCCAUCAAGACCCUAAAGGUGGCCAGUGAGUCGACCCGGCAGGACUUCCAGCGCGAGGCCGAGCUGCUCACUGUGCUACAGCAUGAGCACAUUGUGCGUUUCUACGGCGUGUGUACAGACGGAGAGCCUCUGGCCAUGGUGUUUGAGUACAUGAGACACGGAGACCUCAAUCGCUUCCUAAGGGCCCACGGUCCGGAUGCUUGUAUCUUGGAUGAAGUGAAGGUUCCUCCAGUGGGUCAGCUGACUCUUCCUCAGAUGCUCCACAUCGCUGCUCAGAUUGCUUCAGGCAUGGUGUAUCUAGCGUCUCUGCACUUCGUCCACAGAGACUUGGCCACCAGAAACUGUUUAGUUGGAGAAGGUCUGGUGGUGAAGAUCGGGGACUUCGGGAUGUCAAGAGAUAUUUACAGCACUGACUACUACAGGGUUGGUGGAAGGACUAUGCUUCCCAUUCGCUGGAUGCCACCAGAAAGCAUAAUGUACAGAAAGUUCACCACAGAGAGCGACAUCUGGAGCUUUGGAGUGGUGCUUUGGGAAAUCUUCACCUAUGGAAAACAACCGUGGUAUCAGUUAUCCAACAGUGAGGCGAUCGAAUGCAUCACGCAGGGCCGAGAGCUGGAGCGUCCGCGUACCUGCCCGAAGGAAGUGCAUCUCCUUAUGCAGGGCUGCUGGCAGAGAGAACCCCAGCAGAGACUGGUCAUCAAGGACAUCUACAACCGCCUCGUAACCCUUGUAAAGAACCCGCCCGUCUAUCUGGACAUCCUGGAAUAACAGCAUGCAGGGACGAGCUGGGAAAGACUCACUUCUGCUGACAGGUUUGGAAGAGGACAAACGUUUUUGAAGAAAUGGAAGAAACUGCGUCUUAUAUCCAAAUGUGCCGAUUGAACAUUUAAAGUGUUUGUUGUGUUUGUCCAAACCACCACUGCUUGUUCUUUCAGCACCAAAUUGAAAGAUUGUGUCCAUGUGUUCAAAUUUGAAAAAUAAUGUGUAAAUGAAAAAGUGGAUAUUCGCAUUAGUGGAAAUUGUUCGUGGAUCUUCAUGUUUAACUUCGACUCGCCACUGAAGACACACUUGAGUUUCUAUAAGAGUACAUUGAUGUCAGGGUCCUUCUGUUAUCAAGUAGAAUUGUAAUAAAGGUGAUGUGUGCCAUUUCACCUUUAACUAACACAUGCAGUUUCUUAAAGGAAUAGUUCACCCCAAAAAUGUUUAUUCUGUCACCAUUUAUUCACCCUCAUGUAGCUUAAAACCUGUCUCAGUGGUUUUGUGUCCAUACAAUGGAAGUCAAUGGAAGAAUGUUGUUUGGUUACCGACAUUCUUCAAAAUAUCUUCUUUUGUGUUCUGCAGAAGAAAAACAAGUCAUACAUGUUUACAAUGACAUGAGGGUGACUAAAUGAAAGAAUUUUGAUUUUGGGGUAAACUAGCCCUUUAAUAGAAUGACCCCCGAAGAAAGUCUUAAGUUUCGAUUGUUUUUAUGUUGUGCCAAGUUGACCACAUUUCUUUCUUGUUUUUAGAGUUUCAUUAUUACAAAUAUAUUACAUCCACCUGUUAUGUGUGGUCUAAACAUGCAUGUACUGUACAGCAUGCGUGUUUAACAUCAAUUUAUGGCUCCUGAGCUUUGCUUUCUAGCAAAAGCAUCAUUGAGGUCAACAACAUGUGUACCGAAUGGAAUACUGCGUACUGCACAUAUAACCUGCAUACUAUAAAAAUAGUAUGGAAAGCAAAGCAUUGUGUAGUAUGCAAUGUUAAACAAUCCAACAGUACUAUGCAACAUUGUUUUCAGGUUACAUAUUGCAUGUUUAAUUCAGCGAGUGGUAUCUAGUUAUCAUCUCACAAAUAAAACCAGUUACUUUGUAUUUUCAACCCAAUUUUACGUUAAAGUAUCUUAAGAGUCACCCAAAUAAGAAGUAAAUAAGAUAUUGAGGGUUAUAAUAUUUCAGGAUCAUGCAUUACACUGGAAAUGCAAGCUCAAGGCGAAUGCUUUGCAUUGUGGGAUUGAAUGUUCCACGCAGCGUGCUCUGUCUGUGUAACGUAUGCCACAUACUGCAAAAACAUUAAGAGCAGUAUUAUUCCAGCAUGAUACUGGUGUAAGCGUGGAGAUCAAUGAAAUAUUAUUUAUCCCACAGAAAGUGGCUUAAGUUUCUUAUUUUUCUCUUAUAUUAAUGGGUGUGUCACUUUUACAUACUGGUUGUGCCUCAUGUACAUAAGCUAGCAAGUUUUUUCUAAUUCAUUUUUUAUUGCAUAUGGAUGUAGUACUAGUUCCAAACACAACCAAAAUAUUCGCUUGACUUGAAAUGUUUUCCAUGAUCCUAAAAGCCCCCCCCUCCUAAAAGUCUAUUAUUCUAAAAUGUGAAAAAUGCAGAAUGGUUAAAUUAUAUUUUCUAUAUGUCUUAUUGUCAUUAAACAAGUGGUCAUUACUUAAAAGUAAAUUUUGAGAGAAUGUCUUUAAAUAUUUAUUUAAUAACGAUAAUAAAUAACAGUCCCAAAGAAUCCAACAACACCUGAUAGCUACAGUAUCGUUUGUACAAAUAAAUGCUUUUCUUUUCAUUUUGUUGAUGGACAAUCUAUG